AUCUUGUUCCGGCUCGCCAAAGAUGGCGGCCCCCAGAGCGGGAGCGUGAAAGUUGUUGGUGAAAGACGCUGUCCAUCUGCGCUGGCAUCGCAACCCAGUGGGGACCGUGCGCCAUGUCGCGACUGAUCGUGAAGAACCUCCCGAAUGGGAUGAAGGAGGAGCGUUUCAGGCAGCUGUUUGCCUCCUUUGGCGCCCUGACCGACUGCAGCCUGAAGUUCACCAAAGACGGCAAGUUCCGUAAGUUUGGCUUCAUCGGCUUCAAGUCGGAGGAAGAGGCCCGAUCGGCACUGAACCAUUUCAACAGGAGUUUUAUCGACACAUCCCGGAUUGUGGUGGAGUUCUGCAAGUCGUUUGGGGACCCGACAAAGCCCCGGGCCUGGAGCAAGCAUGCCCAGAAAACAAGCCAGUCUAAGAAUCCCUCAAAAGGCCAAGACUCCGUCUCCACGGAACCUAAGAAAGAUGACAAGACGAAAAAGGUAGCGGGUGAGCUGGAGAAGCUGAAGAAAGACGCCGAGUUCCAGGAGUUCCUGUCGGUUCAUCAGAAGCGGACGCAGACAGCCACUUGGGCGAACGAUGCCCUGGACGCCGAGCCCUCGAAAGGGAAGGGCAGGCCUACCAGUGACUACCUGAACUUCGACUCCGACUCGGGGCAGGAGAGUGACGAGGAGGGGCCUGGGGAGGACCCGGAAGAGGAGGGUGGCCGCGAACCCAGGGCGGCCGUGCAGCAGGAACUGUCCGACAUGGACUACCUGAAAUCCAAGAUGGUCACGUCUGAGUCGCUGUCAUCCUCGGAGGAGGAGGGGAGCGAAGACGAAGCUGUCAGCUGUGCGGACGGGAGCGAGGCCGUCCGGCAAGACGGAGCGGGGCGCGCGGCUGGCCCGGAGCAGGACGCGCCGUCCAGGGACAAGAGGCCGGGGGCGGCCGUAGCUGAGGCAGACAAACCAGCAACCCAGAAGGAACCCACCACCCCCCACACCGUGAGGCUGCGGGGAGCCCCGUUCAACGUCACGGAGAAGAAUGUCAUGGAAUUCCUGGCCCCGCUGAGACCAGUGGCCAUUCGAAUAGUGAGAAAUGCUCACGGGAACAAGACAGGGUACAUCUUUGUGGAUUUCAGCAGCGAGGAGGAAGUGAAACAAGCUCUCAAAUGCAACAGGGAGUACAUGGGCGGGCGCUACAUCGAGGUGUUCAGGGAAAAGAAUGCCCCCACGGCCAAGGGGCCCUUGAAGAACAGCGCCAAACCCUGGCCAGGCCGUACCCUCGGGGAGAACGAAGAGGAGGAGGACCUGGCCGACUCUGGGAGGCUCUUCGUACGGAACCUGCCCUACAGCAGCACCGAGGAAGACCUGGGACAGCUCUUCUCCAGAUUCGGUCCCCUGUCUGAGCUUCAUUACCCCAUUGACAGCCUGACCAAGAAACCCAAGGGCUUUGCCUUCGUCACCUUCAUGUUCCCCGAGCACGCCGUGAAGGCCUACGCAGAAGUGGAUGGGCAGGUGUUCCAGGGCAGGAUGCUACACGUGUUACCGUCCACCAUCAAGAAGGAAGCCAGUGAGGACACUGAUACCUCAGGAUCAUCGUCUUAUAAGAAGAAGAAAGAAUCUAAAGACAAAGCCAACAGCUCCAGCUCUCACAACUGGAACACGCUGUUCAUAGGCCCAAACGCUGUGGCCGACGCCAUUGCACAGAAAUACAGCGCCACCAAGAGUCAAGUGUUUGACCACGAGACCAAGGGCAGCGUGGCCGUGCGUGUGGCCCUAGGGGAGACCCAGCUCGUUCAAGAAGUACGGCGCUUUCUCCUGGACAACGGGGUCAGCCUGGACUCCUUCAGCCAGGCCGCAGCCGAGCGAAGCAAGACUGUAAUUCUGGUGAAGAACCUCCCAGCGGGCACCCUGGCGGCCGAGCUGCAGGAGACCUUUGGCCGAUUCGGCAGCCUGGGCCGAGUGCUGCUGCCCGAGGGUGGUGUCACUGCCAUCGUGGAGUUCCUGGAGCCCCUGGAGGCCCGCAGGGCCUUCAGGCAUCUGGCCUACUCCAAGUGUCGCCAUGUUCCCCUGUAUCUGGAAUGGGCUCCGGUGGGCGUCUUCUCCAGCUCCGCCCCGCAGAAGAAGGAACCCCGAGACCCCCCAGCAGGACCUGCGGAAGAGGGCGCGGCAGAGCCGGAAACCUUGCCAGACAACGAGACCCCGGAAGGUGAAAAGCCAACAGAGAGAGGAGCUGAGGACGCUCCAGCGAAAGGGGAAGAAGAGGAGGAAGAGGAGGAGGAGGAGGAGGAGAGCCCCCCUGGGUGUACCCUGUUUAUUAAAAAUCUCAACUUCGCCACGACUGAGGAGACCCUGAAGGAAGUGUUUUCCAGAGUGGGAAUGGUGAAGAGCUGCUCUGUUUCCAAGAAGAAGAACAAAACAGGAGAGCUGCUCUCCAUGGGAUUUGGGUUCGUGGAAUACAGGAAGCCGGAGCAGGCCCAGAAAGCUCUCAAGCAGCUCCAGGGUCACAUCGUGGACGGCCACAAGCUGGAAGUGAGGAUCUCGGAACGAGCCACGAAGCCAGCUCUGACGUCCGCUCGGAAGAAACAAGUGCCCAGAAAGCAGACGACCUCAAAGAUCCUGGUGCGCAACAUCCCCUUCCAGGCCGACAGCCGGGAGAUCCGAGAGCUCUUCAGCACCUUCGGGGAGCUGAAGACCGUCCGCUUGCCGAAGAAGAUGAGCGGGACAGGCUCGCACCGAGGGUUCGGCUUCGUGGACUUCCUCACGAAGCAGGAUGCAAAGAGAGCCUUCCACGCCCUGUGCCACAGCACCCACCUGUACGGCCGGAGGCUGGUGCUGGAGUGGGCCGAUUCCGAAGUGAGCCUGCCAGCCCUGAGGCGGAAGACGGCCGAGCGUUUCCACGAGCCCCCGAAGAAAAAGCGGUCUGUGAUGUUGGACGAGAUCCUGGAGCAGCUGGAAGACAGUGAAAAUGACAGUGAGGAGCAAACCCUUCAGCUGCGAGCUGGCACCGAGAGGAUCCUCGGAUGAUGGAGCUCACCAGGGCAGGGAAGAGAUGGCUGCCUUUUUCGGAGCAGAGGAGAGACCGCACCUUCCACUCGGCAUACCUGGAUAGAGCGGAGGGGGAAGCCGGACUCUGUCUGUCCCAGCACCACACGGACACAGCCUCCCCCCACCCCCCGCCACCCCGGCCCCGUGCUGCAGGCUGAUCCCGGAAAUGCAAUGCACGGGAAGCCGGGACUUAGGACCCGUUGCCCACAGAAGCAAAACUGUCUUCGAACCACGACUGGAAGGUGGCCCGUGAGCGAGAAUCUGGCUCGUUCCUGCACGGUUCUCAAAUACUUCUUACUCCUUUUCUCCCUUCACCUUUUAUAUGUAUAUUGGAUUCCUAUUUCUAAAUGCGAAAACAAGAUGCCUUUUGAACUUCGUCCCCAGAACAGCCCUCCGCGUGGACAUUUUCCUCGUUGACAACUCAGAGGGCGAGAACCAUGGCCACAGCCGUGUUCUCGCCGUUGACCUCGUAGAGAUAAGUCCCUUCCAGCCACCUCUGCCAGCCCCUCUCCACCCCUCCUCCCUUCCCCCUAUUCAGGGAAACGAGGUUUUGCUUUUCAGCCCCAUUUCUGGUUACAUAUGUACAUGGCUGAUAAAAUAUUCCGCCUCACCCCUUCUCCCCGUGGGACCCGCCGUCUUCCGGGGAAAGGGUUUGUAUGACAACGGCCACGACAGCCUGUGUGUCGCCUGGAAACCGCGGUGGGGGCCGGAUCGCUCUCUCUCCGGCUCGUCUUUAUUCAGAUUCCCUCUCCGGGUUCUGAUAACGGCAUCGCUGGAGAGGAGAGGCCUGGACCUCCUCUGCGGGUUCCGCCCGAGGCCCAGACGGCAGCCCUCCCUCCCCUGACAGAGGAGAGGCUACUGAGGUCCCUGGUGUUUGUUGCCUGGUAUCUCCCCUCCCACCCCCUGCCCCCACAUCCUCCACCUGGGGCCACCCACGCACGCAGAGUGGGCUUUGCCCCUCCCGAGAUGUCCCGGCUGUGGAUGCCCAGCGCGUGAGCUCACCCUCCCCGGACGCCUUCGAAAGUUGGGGCCAGAGCCGAAUUUGGGUGGGGGGAGGUCUCGAAGAAGCAACCUCGGCUGGAUGGAUAGACCCCAGCAGUCGGAGAAAGGACUGGGCCCCUUGCAGGAGGAGGGGAUGUCAUGGCUGCUCGAGAUUGUCCAGGAGGGAAGAGGGUGAAGAAUGGUCUGAGGCUCCACCCAGAGGGUUCUGGAAGUAUUUGGACACCGAUUCCCAUUGCUCUGUCCGUCCACCCACUUGGUUGUCUUAACGUCUCCUCGCACGAGUCACCGAUAUUCUGAGGUCCAGAGUAUUCCGGAGGCAGAAGGCAAGGGAAGAGGGAGGUGUCCUUAAACGUCUUCCCGACCUCCUUUUACAAAACACAGCAGCUCACUUUGCUCUGAGUUCCCAGUGGCAGGGCCAUCACACAAGUGUUGGGAAAGCCGCGCCCGCGGUGGCCCCCCUCUUCCAGAGGCUUCCAGAGGGCCUCGCCUCGGGGGAGCAGGUGUUUGCAGAGCUCCGUGAUGGGCCGGGCCCAGGGCUGCGCCCUGAGAGGCAAGGCCACCGCCCUUGUGCUGAAAAGAGCUUCCAGUCGGGUGUGGGGUUAAUAAGACCAGAAUGAAUUGAAUAAACUUCACACGGGAGGUACAGCGUCUUCUGGAAGAUGGGAGGAAAGUGUGGUUCAGACAUGAGAGCAACAAGCAUUUAAUAAGCGCCCACUGGGCUCGGCACUGGGGUGGUAAAGGCGAGGACCGGGCCCUGCCCUGGGAGGGUCAGCGUUCAACAAAAACGACCUUUGCACAGGGAUGACGCUUAGGAGGGGGCAGCAAGGUGGGAGGCGGCCGGGGCGUUGAACAGGCAACCGCAGCGGCCUUCGUGCCAAGUACCCACGCGCCCCCUGCGACCCCCGGGCGGGGGCUGGGUGCUCCCCCAAGAGAGGUGUGCAGGUACCCUGUGUGUGAAAUGCAGCCCGGUCCCCCCGUGCCGUGGCCCCAUCAUCAUGAGCCUGCGACACUGGGCCCCGUGGAAAGGAAUGCAUCUGGGCCUAUAAAUGCGUCACUGCAAAUGACUCGUUCCGUCCUCUGACCCCUGGUGCUGCCGUCCAGCCUCAUGGUCCGGGAAGGAAGCCCAAAGGCGGG